AGAAAACACUUUCCCUUCAUCGGAUCGUUGUUUACAUCAAACGGAGAGUUACAGAGGAAGUAUCUUUUCUAAGGUUGAAUGAAAUGGAUUGUAAUCUUAUUGCUACAUCUGUGAAGUUAUAAGAAGAAUGGAAAAGCGGAUUGAAAACAUUAUACAGUUCUAUCUCUGCAGUCUUCUACCUAUGAUGCCCGUAUUAUUGGUUUGGUAUCGGUAACUACCGGUACAAUCAGCGGCCACUUGUCUGCAUUUUCAAUACUAUUUUUACAAUCGUAUCUAUUUUAAAGUAACUAUCUCUUAUAUUCGUGCGUUGUUGUAUGUUGUAAGACGUCUGUGAAGUGGUGAAAUCGUGUGAAGGUAUGAACCCUUGGACAAACCGGUACCUCCUGCCUCAUGUUCGGCCCCUGUACCUGAUGAUCUACCCCAGGCCCUCUUGUAUCCACCCCAGUCUUCUGAACUUGCCCCAGUGGGGUGAAGACCAGAAGAGGGUGAUGUCCUUCCUGUCUCCAAGUUCUGCCUCUGAAUGUGCUGGGUGGUUAAGUUCAGUGAUGUUCCACAGUGCCAGAAGUUCUUCCUGGAGGGGACAACUCCAAAUCUCCCAGGUAUUUUGGUUGAUGGGAUAGUCCAGAACCAGGACCGCUACAAGCCGAUCUGCCAGUUGUUCAACACAAUCUACAGGUUUGCAACUCUCUACGACACGACCAACAAGAUCCCUGUGUUCUCAGCCUACACCUUCACUGGUCCUCCUACAGACUGCAGACCAAAACCUGAACCCUGGAUGAUCGAACCCCAGCUCAACAGGGAAAACAACGGCCCUGAAAUGCAGAACAGUGGUAGAGAGAUUGAAUACAAACACCAGGCUGGGAACUACGACUAUAUUAACUCAACACAAAAUAAAGGGGUGAACAGAGGUCACCUCUUCCCAAAUUCACAUGCUCAUGACCUUGACACUCAGAAGUCCACCUUCACCCUGACCAACAUCGUUCCCCAGGACAUCACCUUCAACGAUGGCAGCUGGAAGGAAAUGGAGAGAAAUGUCAGAGGAACUCUUGUGAAUAACUGUAAGGAUGCUAACGACCAGAUAAAAGCCUAUGUGGUGACUGGAGCAGUGACCAGUAAGAGCAACACACUGAACGACAGAGUGAACAUCCCUGAUCUCAUGUGGACAGCCUACUGCUGUAAAGACAAGAAGAAGAAGUGGAUGGCGGAAGCACACUGGGGGAGGAACAAGAAUGAAGACCAGGGGAAAACAUUGAACCCAGAAACCUUGGGAGCACUCGAAAAGGAGUUGAGCGAAUUUCACCAAGGUGGCAGUGUCCAGCUGUUCCCAAAGGAUUGUCCAAGAGGUCCUAAACCGACCACUCCCUCUAACCAACCCAGUUGGAAGAAUUCUCUUAAAAUAAUUUCUUCCAAAGUCAGGAAUCUUUACAAUUCCAUGAUGAAUAGAAUUGGAUGAUCAAGGUACAGAUGCUCAGACUAUAUCAACAAAUGAUCAACUAAACUCUGUUGAAAUGAUGUUGAUAUGCAACCAUUUGUUAUGGUUAAAGUAAGGGUUAUA